AUGUCGAAGACGUGCUGCUCAUCCAAACCGAAGCGUUCAUACUUCGGUCUGGCCAUUCUGGUCACGAUUGUAGCUGUGCUUGGAUCUCUGUACUCAUUCUUAGACAGCCGUCUUAAUCAAUUUUAUGUCUUUGACCAAGCCAAAGUGCAUGAAAUCACCAAAAGCGCUAUUGCCAAGCAUGGCGACAAAGCUGACCUGAUCUUUGAAGAGAUCAUUUCAGAGCUACGCAAGGAUCCCAAGGUGGCACGCACACUGAACCCCAACUCGUUCCGUGAUCACAACGAGUGGGUGUUUAACAAUGCCGGUGGUGCGAUGGGAUCGAUGUACAUUAUCCAUGCUUCAAUCACCGAGUACCUUAUUUUCUUCGGUACUCCGAUCGGUACGGAGGGUCACACAGGCCGUCACACUGCCGACGACUACUUCCACAUCCUCACAGGUGAGCAGCUUGCUUUCAGCGCCGGUGAUCUUGUCCCAGAGCGCUACCCCGCUGGCACAAUGCACCACCUGAGGCGUGGCGAGGUCCAGCAGUACAUCAUGCCGGAGACGGGCUGCUGGGCCCUGGAGUUGGCCCAAGGCUGGAUUCCUCCUAUGCUUCCAUUUGGUUUCGUUGACACGCUCUCCUCUACGCUUGACUUCCCGACGUUCUGGCGUACGGCCAUGAUUACUGGGCGUGAAAUGAUCAAGAACCUUUUGCGUGGUACGUUAUUGUGCAUUGUCUAA